CCUCCACCCCCACCCCCCAUUCCCCAUCUAGCCGUAGCUAGUGCUAUAAACCCUAGGGAUUGUACCCGGAAAUUAGUCGUAGUUAGCAGUAGAUUAGGAUCCGCAGCUGUAUCAGGGGCUCGAAGCGGGCGAGAUUGGAGGAAGGGCCGAGCAAAUCAUCUGUUCUAGGGUUCGGAUUAGCGGCGCGGAAUCGAAGCGGGAGUCGGGACAGGGCUGGAAGGAUCUCGGGAUACGAAUCGUACGAGAAAGAUCCAGAGAAGAAGAGAGGACAGAUCUCCAAGAUGCCUGAGCAUAGGGAACUCAAGAGGACGGCCCUCACCGACCUCCCUGGCGGCGGCUUCUUUAUCAGGAGGGUGGCCUCGCCGGGAGCACUGGCAGGGAGGCGGGCCGGGAAGCAGCUGCCCCGGCGGUUCGCGUCGCCCUCCCGGUUCGCGUCGCCCUCCAGCAACAAGGAGAACGUGCCGCCAGUUUGGGCUGUGAAGGCUACGCCACCCAGGAGGAGGAGCCCGCUUCCUGGUUGGUACCCGAGGACGCCGCUCCGUGAUAUCACGGUGAUUGUUAAGGCUAUUGAGAGAAGCCGCUUAAGGAUUGCUGCCGCUCGGCAGCAAAACGAAACGCCUGAGCAAUCUACGCAACCUGCGAACUUGGCGACUUUGGUACCAGCAGAGCAGGGCACUCCUCAUUCUAUCGAAGCUCAGGGCUCCCAAGCUAUCGCCUCUGGUUCUGGCUUAACUGAAAUGGUUGCAGGCCCUGCACCUAGCCAGGCAGAGCACGGCUUCAAGGUCAAUUCUUCAGCAUCCAAGAGCUCACAGAAGACUCCAACCAAACCCAUUGAUCCAGCGCUCGCUGAUCUCAUGGAGAAGAAACUGACCAGCUCAAUAGAGCAAAUCGAGAAGAUGGUGAAGAAGAACCAGAAGAAGGCCGCUCAGCCUUCCAAGAGGGCCAACCAGAGGCGCACUCUCAUGUCCAUGCGAUGAGUUGAGUACUCUGCUUCACUGUGGGGAGAGGAGAAAGUCCAUCUCGGACUAGUCCUCCAGCCCGCCCUGUCUGCUGCUUUCUUAGCCGCUAUCCUGACCAGUCAAUCCUGCUCUUCUUCUGUCUGCCCUUCACCCGAAGACUUACCAUAGCAUGUUAUGAUAAGAUGUAGGUUCUUGGUUCUCUGCUUGAGGGCCUGGGAUCAUCUCGGUUGUUGGUUCUCUGCUUGAGGACCUGGGAUUAUGGGGUCUAGGAUUAGCAACUCUGCCAGUGUCAGGUUCAUGCUAUUGCAGUAGAACUGUUUGUCGUGUACUCUAGCACGCAGCCUAACAAAUCUUUGUUUUGCGCUGUAAUUUCAGUACCAUAAACCACAACUAUGCUGUAGCCUUAUCAUGGUUUCUGAAUUUCUAGUGUCAAAUGUUUCUACACUCUUAAAA